CCAAUUGGCCCACUGGGCGUCAACGGCGAGACCCGACUCCGCACCCGACGCUUAAGUGGAAGCCAUCCUCGUCGUUUCCGCGAGGCCAAACCCCUCCCUGAUCCGUUCCAAUGGCGGAUCCGCCUCCCUCCUCGUCGCUCCUCCUCGAUCCCCCCUUCGCCGACCUCUUCCCGGACAACCUCUCCCUCCCCUCCGACGAUCUGCGCGACCUCGACUUGGAUUUCGACUUCGACGACUUUUCCGUUGACGACUUCCUCUGCUCACCGGAGGAGCCUCACCACCACGCCUCCUCCCACCCUUCCGCCGCCGACGGAUCCGCUGUGUCCUCCUCCUCCUCCCUCAACCAGGAUCCCCCGCACCUCGCCGCUCGCCCCUGCUCCCCCGAAUCCGGCGACUCCUCUGCCUCCGGCGUCUUCGUCGCUGACCGUGGAGUCAAGGAGGAGAGGGAGAAGGCCGGAUGGGGCCUGAAGAGGAAGAUGGAGACGGACGACGAUGGGUUAUCUGACGGCCACGCCGAUCUUAACCUUAAUAACCCUGGAUCUAACCCUAGGAGCAGCAAAUUUCGGCGAUCAGAGGAGGCGAGCUCGCCCCCCGACGUUGGAUCGGGGGGUGAGGUGGUGGAGGAGAAGAGGAGGGCGAGGCUGAUGAGGAACCGGGAGAGCGCCCAGCUCUCCAGGCAGAGGAAGAAGCAGUACGUCGACGAGCUGGAAGAGAAGGUCAAGUCGAUGCACUCCACCAUCAAUGAAUUGAACACCAAGAUCUCGUACAUCAUGGCGGAGAACGCGACCUUACGACAUCAGCUGGGUGGGAGUGGUGCUCCUCCUGCGGUUUAUCCACCACCAGGGGCGAUGGCGCCGAUGCAUUUCCCGUGGGUUCCGGGGUAUGGAUUGAGGCCACAAGGGUCGCAGGUUCCUUUGGUUCCGAUACCCAGACUGAAGCCUCAACAGGCUGCGCCUACUCCAAAGGCAAAGAAGUCAGAGAGCAAGAAGGGCGAGCGCAAGACGAAGAAAGUGGCAAGUGCGAGCCUUUUGGGGUUGUUGUUCUUUAUGCUAAUACUUGGAGGAGCAAUUCCCAGAGUAAACCGUUGGUACGAAGGAAAUGAGGCGGAUGAAGGUAUGAGUAAAAUGAAAAGUUUGAGCCAGACUAAAGGUAGGAUUUUUAGUGUUAGAAGUCGUGGUAGUGGUCCAAAUAGCACAGUAUUGUGUAGCAGAAAGAAGGGUUUUGGAGAAGGUGGUAUAGAUAGGGUUACUGGUAGGAGAUGUGAGGAUGUAGAGGCGGGCUCUCGAGUGAAGCCAAUGGGAAGCACUUCAUGGUCAUCACCUGGUUCGGAAGCUGUUUUUACGCAAAACUCCACCGAGAAUCUGCCUGCAAUGCUUUAUGUGCCGAGAAACGGCAAGCAUGUGAAGAUUAAUGGAAAUUUGAUAAUCCAUUCUGUUCUUGCCAGUGAGAAGGCCAUGCAACAAGCCAAAGAAAGGCAGUCACUGGGUAAAGAAGGUAAAGAGACUGGGCUAGCUGUUGCAGGCAAUUCGAUGUCUGCAUUGGCCAUUUCCAAACCUGGAAAGGAGGUGGAUCAACACUCUAGAUCUUAUAGAAAAGCUUCUAACUCUGAUGAUACAUAUGUGAACAACUUGAAAGCAACUUUGGCUGAUGAUGGCCCAAUGCAACAGUGGUUCCGCGAAGGAAUGGCAGGCCCAAUACUGAGUUCGGGCAUGUGCACUGAGGUGUUCCAGUUUGACGUCUCACCAUCUUCCUCUUCGAGCAGCAUCGUUCCUACUAAUUCAAUCAUUAACGCUUCCUCCAUUGUCAAUGCUUCGGAGAACCUCCCUCCUACUUCGUCUCAUCCUCGAAAAAAGAGAAACAGGAGGAUAAUGUAUCCUGAACCAAUUCCACUUCGAGGAACGACGACGGCAAAUAACACGGAACAGUUUGAAAAGCCUUCUGAAAGCAGCAACUUCCACAAUCCUAAACCUGUUUCCUCAGUUGUGGUCUCUAUUUUGGCUGAUCCCAGGGAGGCUGGUGAUGGUGAAACUGAUGGGAGGAUUUCACCCAACUCCCUAUCUCGAAUUUUUGUUGUUGUACUUCUUGACAGCGUCAAGUAUGUGACCUACUCCUGUGUUCUUCCUUUUAAGACCUCUGCCCCCCAUCUUGUAAACUAAUUCCGGGGAGUAGAUUAUGACUGAAUGAUAAUAAAAAGCUUCAGUUGCUUUGCUCCCUCGGUAGCAUUGUUGUGUCUGAUACGGAACGGUGGUUUAUCUUUUUAACAUGUUUUAAGUAUUUGCCGGCUAUAAAAAGGUGGUUUCAUUGUGUUCA